AUGGAUGGAUGCUGCGGCGAGGUUUCCGUCGCAGACUCCCUUCUCGAGGCGUUUGCCGUUGCGCUGCUCGCUCAACCUGUGCGGGAUGGCUGGCACCGCAAUGUCAUCAGUGCUUUUAACGGCGGAGGGACUGUUAUCGCAGGCGUUGUACUGCAGCUACCACCGUCAUCCAUCGAUGGCACGGAGACAAACAGAUUUAUGUGCGUGUCACUGGGCAGUGGCACAAGAUGCGUCGGAUACGAGCCUCCUUUGCACUCCGCCGAGGUGGAUCCGUUUCUUCGGGACGGCCACGCAGAGGUAAUGGCGCGACGUGGUUUUGUCGCCUUUUUAUUGGACGCGGCGGUGUACCUUGCGCAAUCGGAAACCAGAAAACACCCCGUUGUUGCGCGUUGUCACUUUGUCCGCAUGAAGCCAGAAGGAGCUAGCGGGGAGGCGGCGCCGUGGCGGUGCUUCCGCCUACGUGAAGGUGUCACAGUCCAUCUGGUAUGCACGGAAUGCCCUUGUGGGGCGAUGUCCGUUCCGGGCGGUGGGGGCCACGUUCUUCUCGCUACUCCUAGCGGUCAAUCGCUAUUGCCAUGCGCUGACGUCGAUGCGGCCCCAAAGGAGGAGGGCGUCUCCUCCUCCUCCCGCGAUGCGAGUAAGAGUGCCAGUGCGCGGGUUAUAGUGUCUUGUGGUCAUGUUGUGGCCGCCCACCGCAGCCAUCCCGCCGAUGCGAUGUUGUGCGUGGGACGUGUGAAGCCUGGUAAGGGCCGCCAAAACCUUUGUAUGUCGUGUUCUGACAAGCUGCUUAGGUGGCACUGUUUGGGUAUCCAGGGCAGACGACGAGCGCGACUAUUUCCAACGCCUGUGCGUCUCACAAGUAUAUUGCUGCCGCAGACGCCUGUUGUUGCUACUCCUGAUGCCGCUGCCGACACGGAUAGUGCUGCAUCCAGGUCAUUUUCGCUGGAGGCCGCACGGAGUGCUCUGAAUGAUCGUAUCUGCUGUUUCCAUCCGAUGGCGCUUUUAGACAAGGGAAGAGAAAUUCCAAAAGAGGUCUCUCGGCUGCUUCAUGACGCGCCCGUUCCCCCUCCCGUUAGUUUUCAUGGGUUCGCACCGUCAUUGCUUCUGUCGCUCCUCAGCAAAGGUGCCAUCUCUGCGGAUGCACGGGAGAGCGAGGAUUGCGGUGGGGAAGACGACAGUGGGAGAGGUGAUUCUGGUUGGUCGCGGAGCGCGUGGCUCAAGAUGGUCAUUGGAGAGAGGAGUGACUCCUGUCAAGUUGCAGGAAGAAAGAGGCAACGAGAAGCCAACGCGUCGGAAAGGAACGGUGAUACGCUUGGUUGGACGAAAGCUGGUGUCGCCGUGUUAAACACAAAGGCGGGUCUGCCCCGCGGUAUCACAAGGCAGGUUGCGGGGCACACUGUCCAUCAGUUAAUAAAACUACAGUCCGCGCUGUUAGCAGGAGAUGAAGCCCCUAGUUACACAAUGAAAGAAGCAGCACUAGAGGUUAUUGCGGAACGGUUUCCACUUUCACGGCUAUGGAUGGCGCUGCAACAACAGAGAGCCCUGCGCUACUUCAAACAGCAUCAAAACGGCCCUUCUCUGGAGUCUCCUUCCUUUGUGGCAAAGGAUGAUGGUCAGAAGCAUGACUGUGAUAUGGCCAUAAGUUCGUUUUUCUUGCCGGUAGUCCUUUUUCCUGCUGGGCGCACGGAGGAUCAGGAGUUCGUUGUUGCAGGAGGCUCUGUGCACUAUUGGCUGCAGCGAGCGCGCCAAUGCAGGAAAGCCAUGACGCGUGGAUUGAGCAGCGAAGAGGAUAGGUCGGCGUGCAUCCCGCUUUUAUGGGUGGAGAAGGGAGCUUCUGUCUAA